CGCCCGGCGCGGCCCGGCGGGGCCCAGGAGCCCGGGCAGGGCCCGGGGCGCGACGCCGCUCCGGCCCGCGGGUGGCCCCGCUGCAGGGCGGCAUCGCGGGCGGCCUGGCGCUCUCGGCGUGAGCGCGUCCGGCGGCGGCCCCCGCGCCAGGAAGAUGAAGUCGUACCAGAAGCUGACGACGGCCGUGCCGCAGCCGGCGGCCUGCGGGCUGGAGGAGGAGGGGGCCGCCCCGAAAGCCGCCUGCCGCGGGAAGCUGGCCCCGUGGUGGGUGGGCAGCGGGCUGCUGGUGGCGGCCGUGCUGCUGAGCGCCGUCACCGUGUGGGUGCUGCGGCAGGUGUCCAGGGGCUGGCACGUGCCCGCGCCGCCCCCGAAAUGCCUCCUGGUGCCCGAGAGCCACCGCUUCGACUGCUACCCGGAGACGCGCGUGGUGGUGACCCAGGAGCUCUGCGAGAGCCGCGGGUGCUGCUUCAUCGAGACCCCGCUGCCGGCGGGCGGCAAGAGGGGGGUGCCCUGGUGCUUCUACCCCCGCGACUUCCCCAGCUACGCGCUGCAGAGCCUCAACCAGAGCGCGCUGGGCAUGGUGGGCCGGCUGGUGCGCAGGCAGAAGGCCUACUACCCCCGGGACAUCGAGACGCUGCGCCUGGACGUGGAGUUCGAGACGGACACGCGGCUGCACCUCAAGAUAACCGAUGCUGCCAACCCUCGGUACGAGGUUCCCCUCGAGGUUCCCCAGGCGACGAAGAGGGCGGAAAAUCCCAUCUACAGCGUGGAGUUGUCCCGGGACCCCUUCGGGGUGCUGCUGCGGCGCAGGGCGACGGGCACGGUGCUGCUCAACACCACCGUGGCUCCCUUGAUCUUUGCCGACCAGUUUCUCCAGAUUUCUACCGCCCUCCCGUCGCCGUUCCUCUACGGGCUGGGGGAGCAUCGCAGCAGCCUCCUGCACAGCCUCGACUGGAGCACCCUGACGCUGUGGGCCCGGGACGUCUCCCCCGCGGAAUCGUUCAACCUGUAUGGAGCUCACCCCUUCUACCUGGUGAUGGAGCAGGGUGGAGAUGCUCACGGUGUUUUCCUCCUCAACAGCAACGCGAUGGAGGUGGCUCUGCAGCCUGCCCCAGCCCUGACCUGGAGGACCAUUGGGGGUGUUUUGGAUUUUUACAUCUUCCUAGGGCCUGACCCCAACAUGGUCAUCCAGCAGUACCAGCAGGUGAUAGGUUUCCCAGCCAUGCCGCCCCUCUGGGGACUAGGUUUCCACCUCUGCCGCUGGGGGUAUGGAUCAAGCAAUGAAACCUGGCAGACUGUGAAAGCCCUGAGGAAUUACCAGAUCCCACAGGAUGCACAGUGGAACGACAUUGAUUAUAUGAACGGAUACCGGGACUUCACCUUCGAUCCCGAGAAGUUCGCCUCCCUCCCCUCGCUGGUGGAAGAUCUCCACAAACACGGCCAGCGCUACGUUAUGAUUUUGGAUCCCGGUAUCAGCAGCACCAACCCUCACGGCUCCUACUGGCCUUUCGACGAAGGGUUGAGACGGGGGUUGUUCAUAAAUACCACCCAAGGGCAGCCACUGAUAGGACAGGUGUGGCCUGGCUUCACUGCAUUCGCAGACUUCUCCAACCAGGACACCCACCAGUGGUGGCUGGAGAACCUGCAGCGUUUCCAUGCCCAGGUGCCCUUCGAUGGCCUCUGGAUCGACAUGAAUGAGCCAUCCAACUUCCUAGAUGGGUCUGAAGAUGGCUGCCCCCCAGGAGACCUUGAAAGCCCACCAUACAUGCCAGCUGUGCUGGGAGAUUCACUCUCCGCAAAGACGGUGUGUGUCUCGGCGAAGCAGAGCAUCUCAGUGCACUACAACCUCCACAACCUCUACGGGCUGAUGGAAGCCAAGGCAACAGCAAGUGCCUUGGUCCAGAUCCGAGGGAAGCGCCCACUCGUCAUCUCUCGCUCCACCUUCCCCAGCCAGGGCCGCUACUCAGGACACUGGCUGGGAGACAACCGGAGCCAGUGGAAGGACAUGUAUUACUCCAUCCCAGGGCUGCUGAGCUUCAGCCUCUUCGGGAUCCCACUGGUCGGGGCGGACAUCUGCGGCUUCUCUGGCAGCACCUCGGAGGAGCUGUGCACCCGCUGGACGCAGCUCGGCGCCUUCUACCCCUUUGCCCGGAACCACAACACCCAGAACGAGAAGGCCCAAGACCCGACGGCGUUCAGCCCCGCGGCACGGACGGCCAUGAAGGACGUGCUGCUGACCCGCUACUCCUUGCUGCCUUUCCUCUACACGCUUUUCCACCGUGCCCACCUGCAAGGAGACACCGUCGCCCGGCCCCUCUUCUUCGAGUUCCCCCAGGAUGUGACCACGUACGGGAUGGACAGGCAGUUCCUGUGGGGACGGGGCCUGCUGGUGACGCCGGUGCUGGAGCCCGGGGCGGACUCGGUCAUGGGCUAUUUCCCCCGAGGCGUGUGGUACGACUUCUACACGGGCUCAUCCGUGAACAGCAGUGGGGAGACGCUGAAGAUGUCGGCUCCCCUGGACCACCUCAACCUGCACGUCCGGGAGGGUGCCAUCCUCCCCACCCAGAAACCUGGGAUCACUACUGAAGCGAGCCGAGGGAACCCCCUCCGCCUGAUCGUGGCCUUGUCCCAGAGUGCCACCGCCUGGGGUGACCUCUUCUGGGAUGACGGCGAGAGUCUGGACACCUUUGAGCGGGGAAGCUACUCCUACCUGGUGUUCAACGUCACACAGAACAUCUUCACCUCCACCGUCCUCCACGCCAGCGCGGAGGCCACAUACGUCACCAUAGACACGCUGAGAAUCUUUGGCGUUCGGGAGCGCCCCAACAAGGUCAUCCUGAACGGCCAGGAGAAGCCCUUCUCCUACCUGGACCCCCAGGUCCUCACCGUGAGCAACCUUGGCCUCAGCCUCAGCCAGGGCUUCUCCCUGCGGUGGCUGUGAGCACCGGGUGUUGGGGGGAGGAGGUGCCGCCAUCCCGCACCGUCGCCGAGGGCCGUGACUGGGACACGCUCGCUCGCUCGCUCGCUGCUUCGGCCCUCGAGGCUGGGCUGCCGCCGCGGAGGAGGCGGCAGGGACUGUGGCCCGCCAUGACACGUGCACGCUGCCCUGCGCCAGCGCGGGGGACGCCGAGGGCCUCGGGGCUGGAUGCGCGGGGAGGGGGACCUGGCCACCCGUGCGUCCCCCCCCCUCCCCGCAGCUGCACACCGGCAUGGGGGCCGAGCCGUGGGGCGCCCCCGUCCCAUCCGCAAUAAAGGCACGUGGAGAGCUUGA